AAACCCAGGAAAUGCCUCAUUCUACAAACAAAGAACUGAUAUUUGGCAUCAUGGUAGGAACUGCUGGCAUCAGCUUGCUGCUUUUGUGUUACCACAAGGUCCGAAAGUCAAGGACAGCAAUGACUUUGCCUAAAUUCCUUUCUCUGGGGAAUACAUUUGAUUCAGUCCCUUUGCAAGAUGAAAUGUAUAAUGAUUAUGGAACAAUGGCAAUCUCUCAAAGAAGGCAGCUUCAGAUCCUGGAUAAGUUAAAUGAAUUAGUGACAACCAUGGACGAACUGAAGAAGGAAAUCCUAUUUCUUAAAGAAACUAUCCCAAAGCUGGAAGAAUAUAUACAAGAUGAACUUGGAGGGAAGCUAGCUACUCAUAAGAUAAGUCCUCAGCACAGAGCUAGAAAAAGAAAGCUCACCACAGUUCAAAGUUCAGCAACAAGUAACAGUUCGGAGGAAGCCGAGAGUGAAGGAGGGUAUAUUACAGCUAACACUGACACAGAAGAACCGAGUUUUCCUGUCUCUAAGGCGCUUAACGCACAUGUAGAGGAAUUAAGUCUAGAUGUCCUUCUUCAGAAGGUAGAUAAUUUACGUUUGAAUGAGUCUGGGAAGCUGGAGAGUUUUGAACUACUUUGUGACCACAAAGAAAAGUUUAGAGAUGAAGUAGAAUUUAUGUGGCGGUUUGCUCGUGGUUAUGGAGAUAUGUAUGAGCUGUCUACACAUUCAAAAGAAAAGAAACAUUAUGCCAAUAUUGGAAGAACUGUGGGUGAAAGAGCUGUUUCCAGAGCUCCUAUGAAUGGAUAUUGUCAUUUGUGGUAUGCAGUUUUAUGUGGCUAUGUAUCUGAAUAUGAAGGCUUACAAAACAAAAUCAACUGUGGGUAUUACUUCAAGGAACAUCUGGAUAUAGCAAUACAACUUCUGCCUGAUGAACCCUUUUUAUAUUACCUCAAGGGAAGAUAUUGUUACACCGUCUCAAAACUUAGCUGGAUUGAGAAGAAAAUGGCUGCCACUCUGUUUGGGAAAAUCCCAUCUUCCACUGUGCCCGAGGCUUUGCAGAACUUCCUGAAGGCUGAAGAAUUACACCCUGGUUUCUCUCUGCCUAAUUACAUGUACUUGGCAAAGUGCUAUACUGAUCUUAACCAAAAUCAGAAUGCAUUGAAGUUCUGUGAUUUGGCGUUAUUGCUUCCUAGUGUUACAAAAGAGGAUCAGGCAGCACAGACAGAAGUGAAAAAUAUAAUGACUUCCUUGAAGAGGUAAAUAAAAGAACUUGCUCUUCAACAAAUCAGAUGUGGUCUACUAAAAUUUAAUCAGAUGUGUGUUUUUAUUUUCCUGUUAUAUCUUUAUUUUGAUGUAAGGGCAGUGUACUCAGAAUUGAAUUGAAGAAAACACCUUUCUGCAGAAAACAUCAAAUUAGUAACACUAUAAAACCAAUCAUGUUAUUUGGAGAAUCUAUUUGCUAUGUCAGUCCAGAAUCACCUAUGAAAAUGUAUAAUUUAUACUUUUCCUAUGAAUAUAUUAUAGACUUCAGAACAUUUCUUUAAAUAAAAUGUUUAAAUAAAUCCACAAAA